AUGAUUAUUGUGGAUCUGAGUUGGGGUGGGAUUUUCUUCCACACCAGCCUCCUGGAAAAAUCCGAUUGCCUGCUUCUCCCGGCCUCUCUAGUCCUCCUUUGCCUAGCCGCGCUGGACGGCCGGCAGCCUCGGCUCCGGCCCCGCUCGCCCCGCGCCGGACCUUCGCGCUCCGGCCUUGACGGCCGCGGGCUCCAGGCUGAAGCACAGGCCGGGAAGGCGGCAGGCGGCGGCCGGCGGGCACGGGGGGCGUCCGGCUCCUGGCGUCACGGCUGCGCUCGGCUCCUUCCGGGCCCCUUCCCCUUCAGCUCGCCACUCACCCCGGCGCAGGCCCGGCCGGCCACCCCCUCCCCUCCCUCCUUCUUCCCCGCGAGCCUUUCUCCUUCCCUCGCUCCGGUGGGGGCGGGGCCGCAGGCUCCUCCUCCUCCUCCUCCUCACCGCCAGGCCGCCGGCCUGAACCCUCGCCCGCGGCCGGACGGAGGACGGCGGGCUACCUCCUUCCCUUCAUCAGGUCGCGCAGUCUUGGUGUUCGUGGGCCCGCCGGGCGGUAGGCCGGUACCUCUACAGGGCUCCCAACACUCUCUGCCCCACUGGGACCCCUCGCCGCCGCGCCUCGGCCCGCCCCCCGCGGCCCAGCGUCUUCGGCCCUGCCCCUCGGGAAAGAGACCUUCGCUUGGCCUUUCCCAGGAGAUAACCAAUGAAUUUCUGCAAAAUGAAGAUUUCCAUGGUCAUUCUUCCUGUCUUUACUCAGAAUUGUUAUUCAUAGAUGCUUUUCUAUCAGAUUGUGGAAGUGUGAAAGUUCCCUUUCAUUGUCAGUAUGCUGAGAGAUCAUACCAUUAAACUGGGUAAAGAGCUACAGAACUCUAAGGGAAAACUGGAUUCAAAAACUGCCAUCAAAAAGAUCAAGAUCAACAAGAAUUAAUGAUAUGGUACUAAGUGAACCAUAUCAUUAAAGAUGAAUAAAAAUUUAGACAUUUUUUAUAAAUUUCAGGUACUCUUAGCUGAUCCCUCUGUGACCAAAUUUAAAGGUGUUGACUCUUGGAUUCAUGUUUCCCAAUUUAAAGAAAGCUCUUUUACCUAACUG